AUGACAUCAGGAGGCAUAUUCCGUGUACUAUUAUAUUUUAGCGAAAAUUACAAUGUAAAGCCUCCGAGACUGUUGUUUCAUACCAUUCCAUUUCAUCCAAAUGUGGAUAUGCAAACCGGGCGACCAUGUAUCGAUUUUCUUGACGAUGAAUCCCUUUGGAGCGAUAAAUACGAUAUUAAAUAUAUUCUUCAAACCCUUCAGACUAUGCUGUCAAAUCCAGUGUUAGAUAAUGCAGUUAAUAUUGAAGCCUGCAGAGCUAUUGAAUCUUCACAGGAUGUUUAUGAAGCUAUGGUUAAGGAUUGCGUCGAAGCAAGUAAAAGAGUUGCAGAUGGGCUGACCCCUUUCCCAGAGCCAGACCAUGAUGAAGAACGUAGGAUUGAUGAUACACGAUUCGAUAUGCCCUUAAACUUGAUAUCAAAUAGUCAUGUAUCAUACGAACAAUAUUAUAAUACAUGGAUGUAUUUAGGGACCGCAAGUUCUAAGCCAGAUUAUAGUGAUGCUGAAUUCUUAGUUAAUAAAUAUUACACAAACAUGGAUUUAAAUUCAGCGAAAGCAAAUGAGGCUACGACUAAAAGUUCAAGCUUAUUUCACGGUCAAUUCAAACAUAAAUCGCAACAAAAGUCCUUAAAAGAGUUAAAGGCGACCAAAAUAGAACUAGCCAAGAAAUUAGGUUUAUCAAAUAUAAAAGAAAAUGCAGCAGAAACUGAAGAGUUUUUGAUGGAAAGUGAGAUGCUACCUAAUCCUGCAAAAACUAAUUAUGAUAGCCAAGACCAAGAUUGGGAAAAAGAAGUUGAUUCUUUGGUUCAAUGGACUAACAAUCUAGGAGAUGUUGAUAGUAUCUAUUGA